AUCUUUUUUUCUGGUUUAUGUUUACUUAUCAAACAAAUGAUUUUAUGAAAUUUGUACUUAUAAUUACUAUUCAUUUAUACUAAUUUUCCAUAAUUGGGAGUCUCAAAUCUACACAUGUACAUUUCUAAAUUAUGAACGUUAUGAUUAACUCUUCGCUCUUCAUAAAGGAAUGACCAGUUCUUGUUUUUAGCACACGUAAUAUUAUGAAUUCUUUCGACUACCUUGUCGAAUUGCUUUUUACAUUAAACAAUACUUGAUGUUUAGUCAACGAUACAUAGUUUAGUAAGCCAAAUUCAACAUGAAAUGUGUUAUACCAGGUGUAAAUGUAAAAAUUUUAGCAAAAGCUAUACAUGCAUUAGCAAGAAUUGGAGAUGAAAUGUACAUAGAACCGCAAGAAACUGGUAUAUCAUUUCGUACUGUCAACAUGGCAAAUUCUGCGUAUGCUGACUUUACAAUGUUCCAAAACUAUUUUUCGUGUUACGAAUACGGUGAUCUCCAAAAGAAUGACGCAUUGAAAUGUAAAAUUUCAAUGAGGAGUGCUAUGACAGUAUUCAAAGCUCCAAAUGUAAUAGAUAAACAGGUAGAAACAUGUCACAUCAGAUUACAACCAGAUGCAUCUGAAAUUUUCUUUAUUUUAAAAUAUAAGAAUAGUAUUACCAAAACACAUUUGUUACCCAUAUUGGAUUGUGAAGUAUUACAAACCGCAUAUGAUAAGGAUUCUGCAUCAAAUCAACUUUCUUCCCAACCCCGUGUAUUGGGAGAUGCUGUACAUAAUUUUCAUCAAACUCUAAUUGAGAUAACAAUGGAAGUUUCGUCGCAAAAACUGUUACUUAGAAAUUAUAUAGACGAAACUUCAGGUUUAUCGAAUACAACUCGAACACAACUCGUGCUUGGCAAAGGCGAAUUUGAUCAAUAUAAUAUUAGUAAAGACACGUCAAUUACAUUUUGUAUGAAGGAAUUUAAAGCUAUUUUGUCUUUGGCAGAAGUUAUAGGUAUACCAAUUGGAAUAUAUUUUGUAGAAGCUGGAAGACCAGUCAUAUUUGCAUUAAAAAACCCAUCUCUUGAGGCAAAUUUAGUACUGUCUACAUUAAAUUCUGAUGCAGACAGUCAAACUGAAACAACGGUAAUUGGUAAACAGGACAAAUCUGUAAAACAAAGGACGAGAAAUACGCGAGUUCCUAGGAAAUCUUCCAAAUCUACGAACAGAAUAGGAAAUAGGUCAACCAAUAUGAAUAAAACGUCUGAAAAUGCUACUGCUAAAAAUACCCAUUCAAAUUUAAUUGAGAAGAAUUCAAAUUUAAUUUCUAAAGAAAAAGUUGAUGUACAACCGAGUGUAUCCGGUACAAGCCGGAGAAAUGAUCAAAGAAAUGAUCAAAGUAAAAAUGGAGACAGUUGUUUGCUUGGUAAACAGAAUACUGAAAGAGAAUCUCAUAAUGAUGGAUCAUCUAGACACAAUGUAGCCGGACUCAGUAAAACGCCUACAAAUGGAAAGAAAUUAGUGAAUUCUAUAUUUUCUUCGAUAACAAAAAGAAAAUCUAGUAAUGAUGAAAUAGACCGGCAACAAGGACAAAAUAAUGAUAAAUCUAACGUGUUAGAAGACGAAGUACCAGAUUCACCAACGCCGCCAGUCAAGAAGGCUCGUUUAAUAUUUCAGAAAUGUUUCCAAAAGACUUUUGAUCCAAGGACAUUGCCUGGAUAUGAUAUAAUUUUAGCUGAAGAUUCGGAUGAAGGUUGUAGCGAAUAAAAGUUAAAAAGUUUAAAUAAAUCUUUUAUGUCAUUUUUUAUGGAAUUGUAAUUUAUCUUGAAGUAUGUAUUUAUUCUGUUUUAAUUAAACAUAUAGUAAUGUUUUGAACAAAAAAAAAAGAAUAAAGCUUUAAAAUUGUU